AUGACUAGCCUGGACUUCAGUGCUCUGCACGAGAAAAACACGAUUUUUUCAGUCGCCAACCAAGCUCUGAAGCUUACAUCUGCAGAGGAAAUCAAACCCAUUCUCGAAGAUUUGGCAAAAUUGCCUAAGGUCACGAAACUAGACUUUUCUGGUAACACUAUCGGGAUUGAAGCUUCUAGAGCGCUAGCUGAGAGCAUACAAAAAAGCCCAAAGAUCAAAGAUCACUUGCUCGAAAUCAAUUUCGCAGAUUUGUACACUUCCCGUUUGGUCGAUGAGGUCGUCGAAUCUUUGAACAUUUUCGUCCCCACAUGGCUGGAAUGCCCUCAAUUGAGCAUCGUAAACUUGUCUGACAACGCUUUCGGUCUGAGAACCAUUGACUCGUUGGAAUCUUACAUCUCGCAGGCAGCCCAACUGCAGCAUCUUAUCCUGUCCAACAACGGAAUGGGUCCAUUUGCUGGUGAAAGAAUCGGCAAAGCACUUUUCAAACUAGCCAAAUUGAAGCAAUCGCAGGGAAAGCCCUUAUUGGAGACCUUUAUCUGCGGCAGAAAUAGACUUGAAAAUGGGUCUGCUACUCACUUGGCUCUCGGACUGAAGGCUCACGGGUCCGGGUUAAAAACCGUCAGACUUUACCAAAACGGUAUCAGACCUCAAGGUGUUGCGGUUCUACUCAAGCAUGGUCUCAGUAACAACAAAAACUUGGAAGUUUUGGACUUGCAAGACAACACUUUCACCACGAGCGCGUCGCUAAUCUUGGCCGAUGCUCUGCCUGUAUGGCGCGAGUCACUUGUCGAAUUAAAUGUCAACGACUGUUUACUAAAGGGACCCGGUGCUAACGCUGUGAUUCAGGUUCUGAACGAGCAUACGUUUACCAACUUGCACACUCUGAAAUUGCAAUACAAUGAAUUGACUCAGGACACUUUGGUUUCCGGCUUACUUCCCGCGAUCCAAUCAGAAAAUCUUCCAGCUUUGAAAUUCCUGGAGCUGAACGGUAACAGAUUGGAAGAAGAUUCUGAAGCAUUGACAGAAUUGGACGAAUCUUUUGACGGCAAUCUGGACGAGCUUGAUGAUCUGGAAGAGGUGGAUAGCGAGGAUGAAGAGGAAGAGGAAAGCGAAGAAGAAAGCGAAGAGGUCAUGACCGUUGCUGACUUCGAUGCCCUCGAGAAGGCAUUCACGGAGCUCCAAGUUGACGAGUUGACAGACCAAAUGGCUCAAGCAUCUAUUUAG